GGAAGGGCAAAGAACAAAUACGUUGUCGUCUCACCUGGUGCUCACUUAGCCGUUUUCUUGGAACUUCUUCCUUCUUCCCUGUUGUCUUACAAAAACAAGCAUGGCCCAAUAGAAUUUUGUAAUCCCAUUUUUCUGUUCUUUCAUUUGGAUCAUCAAAAUGGGAUCCUCUUCCGGCCAGAGUACCAAUUACGAUCUGUCGUUUAAGGUUUUGUUGAUCGGCGAUUCGGGUGUCGGCAAAAGUAGUCUUCUUCUCAGCUUCAUCUCUACUAAUCUUGAAAAUCUUGCCCCUACCAUCGGUGUGGAUUUUAAGAUCAAGCUGCUUAAGGUGGGUGGGAAGAGAUUGAAGCUGACAAUCUGGGACACUGCUGGACAAGAGAGAUUCAGAACAUUAAACAGCUCCUACUAUAGAGGUGCCCAAGGGAUCAUUCUUGUCUAUGAUGUCACACGGAGAGAAACGUUCGAGAACUUAUCCGACGUAUGGGCUAAAGAAGUGGAACUCUACUCGACGAAUAAGGACUGUGUCAAGAUGCUUAUUGGUAAUAAGGUUGACAGAGAAUCUGAAAGGGCUGUGAGCAGAGAGGAGGGGGCUGCUCUAGCAAAAGAGCUUGGAUCCCAUUUCCUUGAAUGCAGCGCUAAAACCAGAGAGAAUGUGGAGAAAUGCUUUGAAGAGUUGGCAUUGAAGAUCAUGGAGGCUCCUAGUCUAAUUGAACAGGGUUCCACUGUUGUAAAAAGAAACAUUCUGAAGCAGCAGGAAUUCCAGGCUGCAUCAACAACAGGUUGCUGCCUCUGAAAACUCGAGCACCAAACAUAUAGCAUGAUUCUCCUUAUCCACAGUUUCUGUACAUGUCUCCUACUGCUUCUCCUUGUCAUUGAGUUGUUUGUUUGCUUAAAUGACUGUAAUUGGGAGUUGAAAAAGAAAGCUAAAUACAUCAAACCAUCCACUUAUGUAAUUUUUCUUGUUCUUCCAGUUUCUCUUCCCAUCCUUUGGAUUGUUUGGCAUGGUAUGGUACUAACAAAUUCUGCUUGUAUCAUAUGAUCAAACACAUUAUUCACUCAAUAUAUUAUAAUUCUACAUCUUA